CUCGCGUUCUCUCGUAGUGGUGCGAGAGUAUCCAAAGUUUGAUGUGUGUUGUGGUGUAAGUGUAUGCUUGUGUGUUUGUUUAUAUAAAAGUUUCAGAAUGAGCUGUUUUAUUCAAGUUUCAGAGGAUGAAAGUGAAGAACCCAUUGAACUUCCGUGCGAAGACGAUGGCACACUGUUACUGACAACGCUGUCCGCUCAGUUCCCGGCCACAUGCGGACUCAAAUAUCGAAACCCCGAGUCUGGAACGAUGCGUGGAGUGCGUUUGGUCGACGGCCGAUUUCACCCGCCAGACAACGGAUGGGGCAAUGUUGUGUAUUACUGUGUUUUCCCUAAAGAUGCGUGCCUGCACAACUCCGAGAACAAGCGCAAGAGUGACGAGCAGCUGGAGAACAGCACGGCCAAGACCAAGCGGCUGGAGAACCGGCAGAAAUGCUCCGACCUGAUAGUGCUGGGCCUACCCUGGAAGACCUCGGAGCAGGACUUGCGCCAGUACUUCGAGACCUUUGGGGAGGUUCUCAUGGCACAGGUGAAGAAGGACCCCAAGACAGGCCAGUCGAAAGGAUUUGGCUUCAUCCGCUUCUCCAGCUACGAGUCCCAGGUGAGGGCCCUGUCCAAGCGGCAUCUCAUCGAUGGCCGCUGGUGUGACGUCAAGAUCCCAAACUCCAAAGUGAGUGCUCAAGACGGCCAAGCAUCGGAGCUCAGCCGCAAGGUGUUCGUGGGCCGCUGCACUGAGGACCUGAGCUCUGACGACCUACGUGACUACUUCUCCAAAUACGGCGAGGUGACGGAUGUGUUUAUCCCCAAGCCAUUCCGCGCGUUUGCUUUUGUCACCUUCGUCGACCCAGACGUGGCACAAUCACUGUGCGGCGAGGACCACAUCAUUCGCGGCACCAGCAUUCACGUCAGCAACGCGGUGCCGAAGAGCGAGGCGGCACCUUCGUCGCACCACCACGCUCUGGGGCCACUCGCAGGCGGCGGCGGAGGGGCAGGCGGGGGUGCCGGGGGGAGGGGCCCGGGGACCGGCCCCGCCCACAGGGGCGGGCCUCUCGACGUGGGCCGGCCCGCCGGUCAGGGCACGGCAUACGCGACACCGGGGCCCUUCCCGGGCGCGCACCACCUGGCGCCCCACGGUGGUUGGGGCCAUCAGGCAGCUGGGGGAGCACAUCGUGGCGCGGACUUGCCGAACCUCUUAGGCGGCAGCUUGGGCAUGGGGCCCCUGGGUGCUGCACAGGCACAAGCCACACCCCCACAGGGUGUGAACACUACUCCUCCCACGUUGGGCAUGGGUGCGCUGAACUUGGGCGCCGCAACGCUGCCCCUCAGUUCUGCCGUUGUGGCUGCUCUUGGGCAGGCGGCGGGCUUUGGGCUCUUCGGGGGGUCGUUCCAGGGGGGCGCGGGGGACCAGGGUCCCGGAGGACCCCCACCGCCUAACUCGGGUGCCGGCGGGUCGGGCUCCUUCUUGGGCUGGAUGGGACAAGGAGGAGCCGGGCAGGCGGGCGGCUCUGCCGAUGCCGGGGCGGGCCAAGGUGGACCCUGGCCCCAGCGCGAGGGCAAGCAGGGCUUCGGCAUGUCCGUCUCCCCCUGAGCAAGUGCGCUCGCUGGGGGACCGUUUGGUCUGCCCGCUCUCUGGUGGCACUGGUGCACUCUGGGGGCCGUCCCUUCUCAGUUUUUAUUGGUCUCGCGAUUGGUCCGAGGCAUGGUACGUGGUGACUAGUAGAGGAAACCACCAUUGCCACUUAUGCUUCUGGGUGCCACGUGAGUGUGUCGGCACGAUUGGUACGAUCAAAGUGAAAUGCAUUUGUCCGCUGUUUUCCCGUGGCCGCUCGAGUGCACUGGUGCGGCCGCCCUGGGGAGAUUGUAACUGGGAGAGUCCUUAUCGCACACUGGCUUGUACUGGCGGGGGGAGUCGGCUGCAGUGAGUGUUGGUGUUGGAGGUGCGGGUUGGGAGGAGGGAGGUGGCGCGGCCGCCAGCAGCUCCGUCCGGGUGUCGUGUGGUAUGUCUGGCCUGUGCGUGUGGGUGUGUCUGGUGGUUCGCGUGGGCCUCUGCCGGCCUCCCUCCUCCUUCUGGGCAGAUGCAUUACAAGUGUGUGGGCCUGCGAGGACAAAAGCCCGUGCGAAUGUCACGUGUAUUUAAGGCGUGCAUGGUGCGUGUCUGGAGGAGUCUCUCUCUUGCCACUGCUCUGUCUCUUUCUCUUCUGCUGUACAUAAACCUGUAUCAUUUCUAGAGCGAGUUGUUCUGUGCAUAGGUGCAUGCGUGAGGUGGGAUUCUUGAGAUGCGAGGGCCAUCGACUGCUCAUGGUAUCUGAGGCUCGGCAUUGAUUAGCUGUUCCUUUAAAUAUUGCAGCUUCUUUCUUUUGGACAAGUGUUGUACGAGGAUAGUAACGUUGAGUGAAGGGCCAAUGCAGAAAGCUUUUUUUUUUACGGUGCGUUUGUGCGCAUGCUUGUCUGGGCAACCAGAAAUUUUCUCCGAGUACUUAGCCACAGGCACCAUGAGCAUUCGUGCCUCCCGUUUACUACAGUGACUGGCGCGCAGGAAACCAUUGCUGCAUUGCAUUUUGCGAGCCCAUAGAAAUGCUCGCCUGGAACAGUGCAGCUGCCACGGCGAGGCCCCUAGCGAUUGUGAAAGCCUCGGUUAGUAUGAUCACACAUUGGCACGCAGAGAACGUCUAGCUUUGCAGAACUGCGCGAGUGCAUUUGCGGAGCGCUUGUCGAGUACGAGUGCUUCCUCGAGUGCGAAGAAGCAAUGACGGGGUGCUGUCGUUGGGGCAUAUGUGGCUCUUUUGAUGGCGUGCACCCGUCUGGUUGCAUUGCAUCUGCAAUCUUGGUAUGUCGCAUGGCGAGCUAGCCUUCCUGUCGCAGUGGCUCAUCUUUCCUGGGCUUUCUCUCGCUCUGUAUGCCUGUCGAUCCAAGACGAGAGUUUAUACUCGUGAGACAACUUGCUGUGUGCUACGUAGAGCUAGCUGGCUUUUGCUUAGAUAGGUUUGUGAGAAAUUCGCUUUCAUUGCUAUUGGCUUGCCCAUCUCGCUGAGCUGGUCACUCUCUCGUCUUCCUUUCGGUGACAGGAAUGCCUCGAUAAUUUUUGUGGCCGAUGGUACUUUCAAUUAACAUUACGCAGCAGAAGUUCGCUGCAUCAUUGGUUAGGGAUUAUUGGUGCCUGGAAUGGCGGCAGCUUGGUGUUCUCUCUGGCCCGCUGCUCAUGUUGAGCCUUCGCUUGUUUGGCCAACCAAAGCUUCUGUUUGAUCAUUCUGGACGCCACUGCCUUUGUGGCCUUCACACGCAAGCGUGCAACUGCACUUCUUUCACUGCUGGCUCGUGCCUAUGGUGCAACAUGUAGUGCUGCUUAUUCCAUCGUUUGUUUAUUCUUGUUGCACACUUGACUAGGGAAAAAAGAACACCUGGUUGCCACUACACUGUAAGGUGAGUGUUUUGACGAUUGCCACUGGAAAAGAGGAGAAAGUAAUGCGAGUUUGUAUCUGGUUGGAUGCUUUCGGUACUGGUGAAAGGCAACCACACUUCAUUGUAAAUCCAUUUGCACAUCUCCGUUGCAUGUGGAAACGUGGUCAUUACCCAGCACUUUUGUUUGUGUCGAAGCCUCCUGAUUGGCUGGUCACUGCUGCGGGGAAACGCCUUUCACUUUGCAGGGGAGCUACUUGUAGCGGUGUGCACAUGGCAGCUGUCCGACGUUGAUAGUUUGGUCAUCGUAAGCAAUUUCCUUUUUCUCGCCAGUGUUCUUUCCUCCUAGCCAUGUCGGCACCGUCUGUGACGAGGCGCCGCUCUGAGCGAGGCGGUCAACCCUCUCGUCCAUUUGUUGCAUCUCCGCAGCGGGGCUGCACUUGCUAUAGAUAAUGCUCGAGCCUUGCAGGUGUUUCUUUUUGAGGAGAUGGGGUGGGGGAAUGAAAGAAGCAUUUUGGAAGCUUUACGGCAAGCUGAUGUUUGAGGAAAGGAAGCGCUUCACUUUUGAGGGAAAUGUGCCGCGAAUGCACGCUGCCUGCUUUUACGCUGUCUUCAUUACUAUUGCACAGUCUCCUCUGAUACAAAGUACCUGUACAUGUUUGUGGCUAUUCUGCUGCCUGGAUAUUUGCGAGUACACUUUCACCUUUUUUCGGCGUACGGAAAUUGUAUUACCACUCAACAUUUUCCUUUCCUUUGUUGAGGAAGCUUACAUUAGUUGCAUCCAGUAGAUUCCUUCACGUUCGAAAAAGAAUAGAAAAAAUGAAACUUCAGUGCCAGGAGUGCUGUGCUCUUGAAGCGCAGUGCAACAAAACCGUUAACCUAGACUCUCUCCACAGUUAUGCUGUAGACACUGUGUCCACAAGUGAGGCCAAAGUUAGCCGCAUAAACGCCAUUAGUCGUUCUGCUUCGUAGGGCUAGAGGCUCGCUUGGCAGAAGUGAAAUUUCUUGGAUUACAUAGUUACUGUUUCAAUUGCAGUAUUCCAUUUCACAGUUCUCCGUGUAAAUUGGCACAUCUUCAGGCCAAAGGAAUUUCGUGGCUCGGGCCUUCGCGUCUCGUUUGGUUUUUCUGUCUCCGAGCCUUGAGGUCGAAGUGCAAAGGGCACCUUUUCAGAAGUCUGCCCCUGCCAAAUGACGUCUUACCUGAAAGUUGUGCAUCAUUCAUGUCGCGCAGUCCGAGAAAAAAAAAAAAUGUGUGUAACAUAAUUUAUUCAUAACGGCGAUAAUGCUAUUUGGCACUGGAUGACAUCUCAUCCCACCACGCACAGUGGCUCUUGCCAUUCUCAAGAGAUUGUCGUGUGUUGUGGUCACUCAAACUGGAUGCAUGUCAAAUGCUGUUGACGAGCCCCAGAAUUCUUCCGAUCGGGCCUUCGGUUGUGGGUAGGGCCGUGACGCUCUCUAUUCUCGACAUUGCUGCAUGUGACAUUUGUACAUAGUGGGUACAACUGUGCGGUCCAUGCUGUCUUGUUAAGGUAGCAGAAGCUAGCCUAGCUCGCGCACAAGAGAAAACCGCUGCUGCUGCUGCUGCUUCUGUCACCAACACCACCAUCAGCCAUUGUCUUGGUGAAUGGAAGACGAAAAGGUGUGGCUACUGGUUUUGCCUAUGCCAGCUGCUUUCUACAAAGGUGUCAAAAAGAGAAAGCGCCUAAUUGUUUGCAAACGAUGCGAGAGACUGUACCACAUGGCAGGGACUCGUAGGCACCGACGUUGGCCCGAUUGUCGGUCUCGGCCCGAUCUCGUGUUCACGGAACCUUGUUGAAGCUUUAAAAAACCUUAAGUCCUUUUGGCACUGGCCUGAUGCAUGCUAAAUAAAAUUACUUGCACUGUUAGCUACGGAAGCAUACAGAAUCUUGAUCUACAGAAUUAUACGGAAUCGUAACCUAAGGAACUUACGCCGUUAUCUGUGGAACCUUGCAACAGCCGAGGCCUUGGUAGCCGAGGCGCGCUCGUCGUAGCUGGCACAGCUGAACUAGUAGUCCCCCCGCUUCCAACACCUGGCCGCUUUAAUGUGAGAGUCCAAACAUGCCUCAAUUGGGUCGUCAUUGUCAGUUAGCUGUUUUUAGUGGAGUUUGGUGUUUGAUGUGGUUGCCCUCUUCUGCUAUUGUCUGUUUCUUACCAUUACCUUUUAAAAUGAGUGGUGCACCCAUUUGUGGAUGUGUACAUAACUUGACGACUGUAACUUUUUCUAUUUGUCAUCGUUCUACUCCCCUAAUUUUUUUUUUCUUCCAUUUUUUUUAAUGCUCUGCGGUGUGCCUGUUGAUACCCAUUGUUUGGAAAAAACCAGCACACUUCACAAAAACAACAAUUGCAUCUUUCAGAGUGGAUUGACGGGUGUGCAGACUGUGUGCAGUUGAUGAAAAAAAGAACUUUAUUGUGGCGACAUUGUUUAUAUUGUUAUAGUAGACUUCCUUCUUGGGGUUCUGUUUUGUAACUUCCUUUUAAAAAUGGGUGUGUGCGUGUGGUUUGAUUAACACUUUUUUCGAAUGAGCUGUGGCGCUUUUAGCACAAAAUGACUUGUGGCAAGUUUCACAUUGUGUGGGCUGGUGUGACAGGCUGGCAAUUUCCAGAGGUUUCCCAUUUAGCUGAUGUAAAUUUGGACAUGCGAAGUGAGAGAUUGGUGUGUAGGUAUGCUCAAGAAAUGUUGAUUGAAUGCGAGAGAAGCACAGUGAAAUGAAUGAGUGUUGAAGAAGAAAAACUUGCUGACCACCUUCGGAACUUUUUUUUUUUUUACCUUUUACAGUGCCUCGUGGCUAAUGUGAUGGUGUUUUGUGGUGGUCACAGUCGAGGCAAGAAUAACUGUAAAUGCUUUGUUUGUUCAGUGCACAUGCUUUUUGCGGAACGAGAGCGCGAGUGCCCAACGUACCUAGUCCUAAACCAGACUCUCUGGACAGUGUGACAUUUUGUAUUACUUGAAAGUGCAAAUCUGGCUGGCCUUGCUGUGUGAAGCGAACCUGGGAAAUUGCCAGCCACAUUGGUCAGAAUAGCGGCCUCAUUUGUUUUUCAUCACUGGUCGGUAUUCCGAUUUCAUUUGUUGCACCAAGACAGUACACAUCCGUGGCUGCACUCGAAUUCUUGUAAUGUGUCGACGUACGACAGGUAGUGCUGUUGGAAUAACUAGGCUUUCUUUAUUGGACGUUAAUGAUAACGGAAGCACGGCAUAUUCUGCUGGACUUGCUGCUAUUGCGCGUUAGUGCUCUGACUAAACCUAACGAAAGGUGCAUGCUGUUUCUGAUGGCGCCUUUGUCCUUUCACGAGGACUGAUGCACCUUCACUAUAAUGCCCCAUUAUUUCUCCAUCGAGUGGCUGCUGCCACCUUCUGACCAGUGCUCGGACACCCAAGCUUGAGGGACUCUGUACUUGCUAAGAGGAACUCCUGCCUUCACAGUGUGCAUACUUGCCAGUAAGCAUGUAGAACAACAAGAGCAGCAGUGAGCAGCCUGUUUCUCUUUGUAGUAGGGGUGUGUGUGUGCGAGUGUGCAUUUUUUUUUCUUUCCCUUUUUCUUGCUCUCGAUGGUCUUGGUGUAUAGUGAGUGUGCACAAAAGAAAAAACAAAGAUGUGUAUUGCCUUUAGUUGGUCAUUGCUGUGGGUGGAGUGCGUGUGUGAUGCAUGUUGUGUAUGAUGUGUGUUGCGGCAAACAGGAAACGAAUAAAAGCCGUUUCUAUAUCGGA